CUGUCCGCCUGUCUGUGCGUCUCUCUCUCUCUCUCUCUCUCUCUCUGACUUCAACUUCAGCUUCACUGAGAAUCUCCGACUUUCUUUUUCGCGAGAAAAAUCUGAAAACCCCUCCCUAAAAACGCAUUAACUAGGACUUGGUUCCGGGAGAUCUUACUCUGUUGGGAAAUGCACCGUUUGAUCUCUGAAUUAGGAAUGAGUUUGAGGCUUUCAUGAAUAGAACGGGCUGAGACUGCAGUGAGAAAGUGUUCUUUUACUGCUUGAUUGUGGAAUUGGAGUGAACUCAUGGCUCAGAGUAAUUGGGAAGCAGAUAAGAUGCUUGAUGUUUACAUUCAUGAUUACUUGUUGAAAAGAAAACUGCACAAUUCAGCAAAAGCUUUCAUGACAGAAGGGAAGGUAGCGACGGAUCCUGUAGCUAUUGAUGCACCUGGAGGGUUUCUUUUUGAAUGGUGGUCUGUGUUUUGGGACAUCUUCAUAGCAAGGACUAAUGAGAAGCAUUCAGAGGCAGCUGCUGCUUACAUAGAGACACAACAAAUGAAAGCAAGGGAACAUCAACAGCAGCUGCAAAUGCAGCAAUUGCAACUCAUGCAGCAGCGAAAUGUCCAGUUACGUAGGGAUCCUAAUCAUCCUCCACUAGGAAGUCCUAUUAAUGCUAUUAAUUCUGAAGGCAUGGUGGGGCAGCCAUCUGCCAGUGUAUUAGCUAUGAAAAUAUUCGAGGAACGAGCUAAGCACCCUCAUUCCAUGGACUCCGAGUCAUCCUCAGCACUAAUUGAUCCCAAUAGGAUGGCCCUUCUGAAGUCUGCUACCAAUCAAGGUCAGUUGGUUCAAGGUACUUCGGGGAGUGUGUCAGCAGCUUUGCAGCAGAUGCAAGGACGGCCUCAACUGGCAACUGACAUAAAAGCAGAAGUAAACUUGGGUGCAACUCAAAAAUCUUUGCCAAUGGAUCCUUCAUCCAUAUAUGGCCAAGCAAUUCUUCAGUCGAAAUCUGGACUUGGCGGUGCAGGGUUAAAUCAAGGUGUCACUGGUCUUCCAUUAAAGGGUUGGCCCCUUACUGGAAUUGAUCAAUUAAGACCAAGUAUGGGUUUACAAGUGCCAAAGUCCAAUUUACAGACCCAAAAUCAGUUUCUUUUGACAUCCCAACAACAGCAGGCCCUAGCACAAGCCCAAACACAAAACAACCUUGGGAACUCGCCUAAUUAUGGUUUUGGUGGAUUACCAAGGGGUAACUUUAAUCCAAAAGAUGGUCAACCCCCAAGAAAUGAUGGAUCUAUAUGUUCUCCUGUGCAAUCAAAUUCCCCGAAGAUGAAGAUGCCCCAAAUGCAGCAAUCUUCCUCUCAACAACAGGACCAACUGCAACAGCAACAGCAAUUGCAGCAGACUAACAGGAAAAGGAAGCAGCAUUCCUCGUCUGGACCUGCCAAUAGUACAGGCACUGGGAAUACAGUUGGUCCUUCUCCAAAUUCACCACCAUCGACACACACACCUGGUGAUGCAAUGGGCACUGCUAGUAGCAUGCAACAUGUCAACAGUGUUUCAAAGAGCUUGAUCAUGUAUGGUGCUGAGGGAACUGGUGGUAUUGCAUCAUCUACGAAUCAGCUGGAUGACUUGGAGAAUUUUGGAGACAUUGGUUCUCUGGAAGAUAAUGUGGAAUCUUUUUUGUCACAUGAUGGGGGAGAUGGAAAUAUAUAUGGCACACUGAAACAAUCUCUCACUGAGCACAAACCAGAGCCUAAAGGGUUUUCCUUUGGGGAAGUUGGUUGUAUUCGAACAAGAAAUAAAGUAACUUGCUGUCAUUUUUCUUCGGAUGGGAAGUUGUUAGCCAGUGCUGGACAUGACAAGAAGGCUGUAAUUUGGAACAUGGACACUUUGCAAACAGAGAUGACCCCAGAAGAGCAUCAAUACUUAAUAACUGAUGUCCGGUUCCGGCCGAAUUCAACUCAGCUUGCAACAGCUUCAUUUGACAAGUCCGUGAGGCUGUGGGAUGCUGCUGAUGCAGGCUAUUGUUUGAAUGCCUAUACUGGGCAUAGUUCGCAUGUUAUGUCCCUGGAUUUUCAUCCAAAAAAGAACGAUAUCUUCUGUUUCUGUGACAGCAAUAAUGAAGUUCGUUACUGGAGUAUUUCUCCAUUCUCAUUAACUAGGGUGUCAAAGCAAGGGGGCAGUGCUCAAGUAAGGUUUCAACCUAUAACUGGACAUCUUCUGGCAGCUGCAUCAGAUAAGGUGGUAUCCAUCUUUGAUGUUGAAACUGACCGGCAAGUCCAUUCAUUCCAGGGACAUUCUGGAGUUGUAAACUACCUUUGUUGGGAUCUAAAUGGUGAAUUGUUGGCAUCAGUGAGUGAGGACUGUGUCAAAGUUUGGUCAUUGUCCACUGGUGAUGCUAUUCACGAGUUUACUGCCAAUGGAAACCAAUUUCAUUCGUGUGUUUUCCAUCCAAGUUAUUCAGCUCUCUUGGUGAUUGGAGGAAAGCGGUCUUUGGAGUUGUGGAACAUGGUUGAGAACAAAAGUAUGACGGUUCCAGCCCACGAGAACAUAAUCGCAGCGCUGGCACAGUCACCUCUUACAGGAAUGGUUGCAUCUGCUAGUCAUGACAGCUCCGUCAAGUUAUGGAAAUAAGUAGGAAUGAUCAUCAAACGUGCUAUUUUUUUUUUUAUUAUGGGAAUCAAUCAACCGCAUAUUGCCCCCUCUUAAUUUGUUAUGAUGGAUAAAUUUAGAAGUUGUACAAGGAAUAUGGUUGUUGUAAUUGUUAAUGUGAGCUUUCGGCUUUUAAUUUGGCCCAGAAGCAGUGUUAUUAUAUUUGCCAGUUGUAGCUUAAACUGAGACGACGGUAGUACAUUAAGUAAGUUUGGUGGGAAGUGAAACAAUUGAUAUAUAUAUAUAUAUAGCCUGAUUUAUUAACCA